AUGCCUGGAGUGUGGAAAAGCCUUCAUCGGAGUGACCACCUUACUUCCCAUCAAAGAAGUCACAAGGGGGAGAAACCAUACAAAUGCCUGGAGUGUGGAAAAGCCGGUCGGAGUGGAAUCCUUAUUUCCCAUCAAAAAAUGCACAAAGGGGAGAAACCACGCAAAUGCCUGGUCUGUGGAAAAACUUUCCACCACAGCAUAAGUCUUACUAGACAGCAGAGGAUUCACACAUGGGAGAAACCCUAUAAAUGUCCAGAGUGUGGCAAACACUUCAGUGACAGUGGAAGCCUUACUUCACAUCAGAGAAUUCACACAGGAGAGAAACCAUACAAAUGUCUGGUGUGUGGAAGAAGCUUUAGACAGAGUGGAAGCCGUAAUUCCCAUCAAAGAAUUCACACAGGUGAGAAACCAUACAAAUGCCUGGAGUGUGGAAAAGCCUUCAGUCGGAGUGACCACCUUGCUUCCCAUCAAAAAAGUCACAAAGGGGAGAAACCAUACAAAUGCCUGGAGUGUGGAAAAGCCUUCGGUCAUAGUGGACUACUUACUUCCCAUCACAGAAUUCAUACAGGAGAGAAACCAUACAAGUGCCUGGAGUGUGGAAAAGCCUUCAGUCAGAGUGGGAAACUUACUUACCAUCAAAGAAUUCACACAGGGGAGAAACCAUACAAGUGCCUGGAGUGUGGAAAAGCCUUUGGUCAGAGUGGACAACUUACUUCCCAUCACAGAAUUCAUACAGGAGAGAAACCAUACAAAUGCCUGGAGUGUGGAAAAGCCUACAUUCACAGCACAAGUCUUACUAAACACCAGAGGAUUCACACAGGGGAGAAACCAUACAAAUGCCUGGAGUGUGGAAAAGCCUUCAGUCGGAGUGACCUCCUUGCUUCCCAUCAAAGAAGUCACAAAGGGGAGAAACCAUACAAAUGCCUGGAGUGUGGAAAAGCCUUCAGUCGGAGUGACCACCUUGCUUCCCAUCAAAAAAGUCACAAAGGGGAGAAACCAUACAAGUGCCUGGAGUGUGGAAAAGCCUUUGGUCAGAGUGGACAACUUACUUCCCAUCACAGAAUUCAUACAGGAGAGAAACCAUACAAAUGCCUGGAGUGUGGAAAAGCCUUCAUUCACAGCACAAGUCUUACUAAACACCAGAGGAUUCACACAGGGGAGAAACCAUACAAAGGCCUGGAGUGUGGAAAAGCCUUCAGUCGGAGUGACCUCCUUGCUUCCCAUCAAAGAAGUCACAAAGGGGAGAAACCAUACAAAUGCCUGGAGUGUGGAAAAGCCUUCAGACAGAGUGAUAGCUGUAAUUCCCAUCAAAGAGUUCACACAGGGGAGAAACCAUACAAAUGUCUGGAGUGUGGAAAAGCCUUCAGUCGGAGUGGAAAACUUACUUCCCAUCAAAGAAUUCACACAGGGGAGAAACCAUACAAAUGCCUGGAGUGUGGAAGAGCCUUCAGUCGGAGUGACCACCUUACUUCCCAUCAAAUAACUCACAAAGGAGAGAAACCACAUAAAUGCUUCGAGUGUGGAGCAGCCUUCAAGCACAGUGGCAGCCUCACUUACCAUCAAAGAAUUCAUACUGGGCAGAAACCAUAGAAAUGCUAGGAGUGUGGGAAAGGUUUCAGUUCCAGUACAAACCUUACUUCACUUUGAAGAAUUCACCCAGGGGCAAAAUUUGCCUAGUGUAUAAAUCCUGUUGUCCCCGA